UGAAGAACACAAUGGAAAGAUUAGACUUAGCUUCCUUCUCCAAGCAGAUCACGCAAACGUACAACCGGGUAGUGGACGGCGACCCCUCCACCGUGUGGGCGGUGUACCUGACCAACCCUCAAGGCGCGCUUGAGCCGACUUCCACCGGCAGCGGUGACUUGCACGAGUUUGCCGAAGAGUUUGCGGACGGAAAGGUGCAGUUUGGAGUUUCGCGGGUGAACCCACCGGGCUCUGACGUGGUCAAGCUCCUUUUGGUGGGCUGGUGUCCAGAUAACGCGCCGAUGAAGGCGCGCGUCUCGUUCGCGAACAACUUCGCGGACGUGGGAAAGCUUUUGCACUAUCAUGUGCAAGUCACCGCACGCGACACGGACGAGUUGGAUGUGGACGACUGGAUCCACCGUGUGGGCUCAGCUGCUGGUGCGAGAUACUCGAUUCAAAGUCUUAAGAAGAAUAUUUUGUCGUUACCCUUACCUAAGGUGACUCCAAAGGCGUCUCCUCAGCCUGAGGCAAAGGUCGAGACGAAGGUUGAGGCGAAACCCAAGGUUUCUCCUCCGGCGAAGGCUUCGUCUUCCACGAAAGUUUCUCCUCCAGCAAAGGUUUUGUCUCCUACAAGAGCUUCUCCAACAGAGAGUGACGACGAGGAGUGGGGUGGCGAAAAAGCUCUCGAGGAAAGAGACUUCUCUCAGAAGCCAAUGGAGAGUGCCCCGUCCGCCUACACUCCCCAUCCAAAGGUGAACAUCGCUGAGAUCAGAGAGGCCGCAAAGACUACCGCUCCUAAGAAGGUGGUUCCGCCUCCAACCAAAGUGGCCCAGCCACAGGCCGAGGAAGCGGACCCGGUUUCGUUCUCCGACCGUUUCAAGUCUUACAGCGCUACUGCGACGGAGGACGGCCGCUUGACUUCGUUGCCUAAGCCAAAGGUAUCCCAUGCGGUGGGGUCGAGAUUUGCCCCAAGUGUCCCUGCGAAGUCUUUUGCCUCUGGUCCAAAACCGUUUGGCCUUUCUCCGGGAGACGAAAAGGACAAGCUUGUCGGUGGCGCCUCCAGAGACUUUGGUGCUCUGGGUGGAAAGACCCCGGCGCAGUUGUGGGCCGAAAAGAGAGGCCAAUACAAGACUGUCGAUGCGGAAGAACAGUCAGAAGAGGCUGAAGAGGAAGCUCCAGAGGAAGCUCCAGAGGAAGCUCCAGAGGAAGCUCCAGAGGAAGCCCCAACUCCAGCCCCAGCCCGUGUGUUGCCUCCAGCUGCUAAUAGGGUUCUCCCUCCAGCUUCUAACAGAGUUCUCCCACCUCCGGCAAGAACUGCUCAACCUGAACCAGAAUCCGAGGAAGGGGAAGAGGAAAUCUCAACUCCAGCUCCAGCUCCGGCCCGUGUGUUGCCCCCAGCUACUAACCGAGUUCUCCCUCCAGCUUCUAACAGAGUUCUCCCACCUCCAACAAGGACUGCUCAGCCUGAAUCGGAAUCUGAGGAAGAAGAGAAAGAAACCCCACCGCCAGCUCCAGCCCGUGUGCUCCCCCCAGCCUCGGCACGUGUGCUCCCUCCACCGCCAACCAGAACUGUCCAGCCAGAGCCAGAGUCUGAAGAAGAGGAGAAGGCUCCAGCGCCAGUUGCUGCUCCAGUACCAGCUGCUAUCCAUACCCUGUCACCGCCUCAAUCCUCCAGAGAGGAGGCCAAAUCUGCGAGUGUCUCUGCUGUUGCCGAAUACGACUAUGAAAAGGAUGAGGACAAUGAGGUCGCGUUCAAGGAAGGCGAAACCAUCACUGAUAUCGAGUUUGUCGAUGAGGACUGGUGGUCCGGGAAGAAUGCUGCUGGCGAAACCGGGUUGUUCCCGUCUUCGUACGUCGUAUUGAACGAGGGUCUGACAGCAGCCGGAACAACGGCUGCUGCUGCCGCCGCCCCUGCCCAGGAGAGCUCUGUGCAAAGCGCUUCGGCCACUGCUGAGUACGACUAUGAGAAGGAAGAGGACAACGAGAUCUCUUUCGCAGAGGGCGAAACCAUCACCAAUAUCGAGUUUGUCGACGAGGACUGGUGGUCCGGCAAGAACGCCGCCGGGGCUGUCGGUUUGUUCCCGGCCAACCAUGUCAACUUGGACCAGUAGAGUAUCUGAUAGUUUUUAUCUCGAUGAAUAAGUAUAAUUACUCUUAAUGUUUCCCCUGAAAAACCAGAGAUAUUUUUAUCUAACUUAGCUAUACAUCCUAAAGAGGUGACUAUUUUUUAUAGGUCUUAUCUAUUAUUUCAGAGAAAUAAAACGGGGCCAUGCCACCUGCCAUUCUCAUAAAUACAAGCACACUCAAUCCCUAUGCAGCGUUAAAUCGUGGGGUGUAACGGCAAAGUCUCAGC